UUUAAUCUUUUUCUGCAGCCAUUAUUCCCUUCAACUACCAAUCCCUUUGGUUCGCUUGCCAUCAAAACUUUAAAUUUCCACAAUUAUUAUCUCAUAUUCAGAGUGGUAAUCAGAAGGGGUGUUUGCAAAUUUCAGAGCGAGCAGGGCCGUAUAUAUAGAAGGCAACCCUAUAGCUUUCGCUUUCAUUUUUAUAGGCUUCUCAGUUUUACUGCUUCACUGUUCUUAUUAGAGUCAUUACUAUUAUUAAGUCCUUUUGGGGCUUCGAGAACUGUGCUUUGAUUUUGCUUUGUGUCCUCUCUCUCUGCUUAUACCCACUUAGCUUUUCCGAAAACACAAGGAGGAAGAAAAGGAAAAGAGGUAAGGUUUUCUCCUCUGUGCUUUUGGGUUGCCGUCGUUCCCUUUGUUUCCUAUUCAGUUUUGAGCAAAAAUUUAGGAUCUUGUUCAUUUCUUUCUUGAUUCCUCUUUGAGUCCUCCAAAACAAGAGUAGUACUCUGUAGGGUCCUAUGUUGGUAUUUAUCAUGAUACCCACUUCUAUUUUGGGCGAUUGAGUCCCCUGUUUCAUCCAUUUUAAUUCUGUCUGCGCCAUGAAAGUGAAAUGGCCAUGUGGAUGUGAUGCAUCAAGCUAGAAAUGCUCUUGGUUUCAAGCCAAGCGACUUAUUCUCCUCCAUCUUGAGUUUCUCUUGUGCUUGAUAUUCUUACCUUGAAAUACAACACCAUGAAAAGCAUCAAUGCUGUUUCAAGUCAUGGGAUUUUAGUUCUCUUUAUUUGCUUUCUGGGUGCAACUUGUUUUGGACAAGAAGAGCUUGAAGCGGCUCCAAUGGAGAAGACAGAGCUUGAAGCUCUCUACUCUACCAUACAAGGCUUCGUUGGAAAUAGGUGGAAUGGCUCAGAUCUCUAUCCGGAUCCUUGUGGGUGGACUCCCAUUCAGGGGGUCUCUUGUGAUCUAUUUAACGGGUUUUGGUAUGUUACUGCCUUGAAUAUUGGACCCAUCCAUGAAAAUUCUAUAUCUUGCUCCCAGAAGUUAGAAUUUAGGCCUCACUUGUUUGAGUUCAAGCACCUAGCAUCUCUGUCCUUCUUCAACUGCUUUCUAUCCAGAGACAAGCAUCCAGUUACUAUCCCAACUGAAAACUGGGAGAAACUUUAUGGAAACCUAGAAUCACUGGAGUUUCGGUCAAAUCCAGGUCUCAUUGGAAAAAUCCCUAAAAGUUUUGGUCUCCUCAAGAACCUUAAGUCUCUGGUAUUACUGGGAAAUGGUUUAACAGGGGAAAUACCACCAGAUAUAGGCAAUCUCAUGAAGCUGAAGAGACUUGUUCUUGCAGAGAACUCUUUCAGUGGGCAGAUUCCAGAUAUUUUCAACGGUUUAAGUGAGUUACUGAUAUUGGAUUUAAGUAGAAAUGCACUCUCUGGGCCUUUGCCUUCGUCUCUGGGAAGCUUGACUUCAUUAUUGAAGCUUGAUGUAAGCAACAACAAUUUAGAAGGCAAUCUGCUGAAAGUGUUUGCUAAUCUCAAGAAUCUGACCCUCAUGGACCUAAGAAACAACAGAUUUCAAGGUGGAUUGGUAUUGUCAAUUCAAGAGAUAUAUUCCUUAGAAGAAUUGGCCUUAUCCAACAAUCCAAUUGGUGGAAGCAUCAGUGGCCUAAAUUGGGAAAACCUUCAGAACUUGGUCAUUCUGGAACUCUCUAACAUGGGAUUGACAGGGGAGAUACCAGAGUCCAUAACAGAGUUAAAGAGAUUGAGGUUUUUGGGUCUUCGUAACAACCACCUUACAGGCAACCUUACACCAAAGCUAGAAACUCUUCCUUCUCUCAAUGCACUGUACCUAAGUGGAAACAAUCUGACAGGAGACCUUAAAUUCUCCCAACAGUUUUAUGACAAAAUGGGGAGCCGUUUUGGGGCCUGGGACAACCCCAACCUUUGUUACCCAGUUGGAGAAAUAUCAUCAAGACAAGUUCCAUUUGGGGUAAGACCAUGCCAUGAAGAAGUCAAGCUCCUUGAAAAUGAUUCAAACACUAAGCUGCUAAUUGAGGAUAUGAACCAGACCCCACAAUUCAUGGCCUCUUUGGGAUUUUCAAGCUAUGCUGCUAAUUAAUGGAUUCUGCUGUGUUUCUCUGGUACAGUUAGGGAUAAUGAUGAUGAUGGGUCUGUUCCUAAACUCUGAUCAUAUAGAAUUUUAAUUACCUUCUGAAUGUUACAGUAACCCUCAUUUCUUUUUUUGUAGUUUUAAAACAAGUUACGAUCCUUUUAGAGUUGUUAAUUAGAGUUGCUGACUUGCUAGCAGUGACAACUGGCUUAUUCAAUAAAUAGUUAGGUGAGCUGUACCAUAAUUUGGUGCCUUGUUUAUCAAUCAUUGCUUUGAAAUGGGUAAUAAAUAAGAUGCAGAAUCAAAUGAUAGA